AUGACACGAUUGUACAGACACCUAUUGUCCGAUUAUGAACGAGAAGUACGACCAGCUAUACGAUAUGAUCGUACAAUCAAUAUUACCUUUGUGUUUUCGCUAAAACAAAUUAUUGAUGUGGAUGAGCGCAAUCAAAUUCUGACGACAAGCGCAUGGGUUCGUCAGAACUGGUUCGACUACAAACUGGUUUGGGAUCCGAGGAAGUUUGGUAAUCUGAGAAAAAUACACAUACCUCAUGAGAAAAUCUGGCUUCCCGAUGUUAUACUGUACAAUAAGUAA